UUUCAUUUCAGAUGGUGCGAAAUCAGUCCAGGAAAGUGGCGGGGAGUCAUAGGAAAAGAGGUGUGGACCCUAUCACAAGAUGACUCCCACAUACACUACUGCAUUUACCCUUCCUGCAAGAAAAUAGGGAAUCAAGAGCAAUUUAGACUGAUUCCAAAACAAAAAAAAAUAAGAACUUCAUAUAACUUGAACACCAGUCAACAAAACUAUGAUGCAGUUCUGAAAGAUUAUUUCCAAUUAGAUUUUUCCUUGAAGAAAAUGUACAGUGACUGGAAAGCUGCAGAUUCAAACUUCAGUAGAGUUUGCUCUAAAUUUCCAGGUGUUCGCAUACUUAAUCAAGAUCCUGUUGAAAAUGUGUUUUCAUUUAUUUGUUCUUCAAAUAACAAUAUCCAAAGAAUUUCCAGUCUUGUUGAGCGACUGUGUCUACUGUAUGGCACUAAGAUCACUGUGCUUGAUGGCACUACUUGGCACUCCUUCCCAAAUGUGUCAUCUUUGGCAGCUGAUGGAGUGGAGGAGACUCUCAGGGCGCAAGGCUUUGGUUACAGAGCCAAAUUCAUCCACAAAUCAGCCCAGAUGAUCAUGAAAAAAGGGGGCGAGGCUUGGCUUCAUUCAUUGAGAUCAUUGCCUUAUGAAGAGUGCCAUGCUCAGUUGAUGACCCUCCAUGGUAUUGGAGCAAAAGUGAGUGACUGCAUCUGCUUGAUGUCCAUGGGCCACCUGAAUGCCAUCCCAGUGGACACACACGUAUUCCAGAUUGCAGCUCGGGACUACUUGCCCCACUUACGCUCCUGCAAGUCCCUAACAAAGAAAGUGUACUCUGAGAUAGCUGAUCAUUUUCGUGUUGUAUUUGGUGAAUAUGCAGGUUGGGCCCAUUCGGUAUUGUUUACUGCUGAUCUGAAGAAGUUUGAAAAUGUGAAGCCCGAAAAUAACUCUUCAAAAAGGCAAAAGACUCAAAAGGGUAGUGCAAAGUAGAAAUUGAUAAAAGUGCCACUGUGUAAAAACAUCAUUGCUAGAGGUUCAUCAGCAUUGCAAAAGUCAUUCAUAAGUUGAGACAUGAAAGUUACAUAAGUUCUUUCUUUUAUCCCAUUAUUUCUUCAUAUUCAUUUACAACUUUAAAUUAUGUACAGCAUUAGACAAAGAUUUGAAUCUUUUAAGUUGCUUGUGAAACAUGAACACUGGAUAGUGACUUGGAAAAGCAUGUUGGUGCCUUUGGGACCAAGUGCCUUCACAGGAUCUUGGGGUUUCAAUAAAAUAACUUUGUGUCGAAACAGCAACUACGUGAUGAAACUUGAGUCAAAGUCCAUUUACCAGCUUAGUCUGUGAACGCCAUCUCUGGUUAUGGGCAUGUGGCACAAUUCCAAAACAUCAAUCCUGCUCAUAGGAUUGUUUUUGUACAAAACAAGUGGAGAAGACAAAUGGGGUGCAUACAUAACUCAUGGCUGGGGCAAGUUGAUCAGUCCUGCUGAGAGGGACUUGUGAUGGAUACGGUAGCUACAUGAGGGCUGCUCAAGGGGAUUGUUGGGGGUGAAGUGAGUGAAGCGAUGCACCCCCAGGCGUAUGCUCCACAUUAGUUAUAGUCAGACUCAGCUGUGAAGUCCUUUUGGACAGGGCCUGCUCAGGGAACCCACUGGCUGUAGCAUUGCCAAACCUAGCUUUUUUUAUCCAAGGACAGCCGAUGGCUCUGCUUCCAUCACAUUGUAAAUAAGUUCUUUCUUCCAUCUGUGGAGUACAUGAGAGCAUGUUGGAGUAGCUGUGUUGUCAUCAGCCAGACUGAUAAGCACCAUUAUGCUUUGGUAAAUGCUGAAUUUACCUGUUUUUUGCUCAAUCCAUUACUCAAUCCCUACAGUGUUGACCCCCAUGAAAUAAAAAGUUUUUAGUGCCGUUGAUC